AUGAGGGUUGAAGCCGUGAAGCUGUUGAUCAAUCUGGGAGCAGAGAUCAACUGCGUCAACAGCGUUGGUCGAACUCCAUUGCAUUAUGCGGCCAUGGAAGGGAGAACAGAGGCAUGCGCAUGCCUGCUCAACCUAGGUGCUUCACUGACCGUCAAGAGUAACGAUGGUUUGGAUCCUCUGCAAGAAGCUCAGAUCUACAACUUUCGUGAGACGGCUGAUUUUCUCAUCAGCGCACAAGGACAGGAGGGCCACGACGCUCCGACUCAAACAAUGACGCAAAUGCACCAGCAAUGA